AUGGAAAGUAUUGACUUAGAAUUCAACAACUUAUCCUUGACGGUCAACAUUUGGGAGCCUCUAGUGACCAAGACAUUGAGACCUGGUGAGUUUUAUAAUGUAAAGCAAAAAUAGGGUUGCAUUUUAUUACCUACGCUGUCUUGUGUUUCAGAUAAGAAAACCAUUUUAAAAAAUGUCAGUGGUUCGUUUUAUAGAAACCAAGUAACAGCCAUACUUGGCUGUUCUGGAUCUGGAAAAUCAACACUCAUGAACAUUUUAUCUGGUUAUACGUGAGUAAUCUAAUCAUAUUUUAUGUUUAACACUAUGUAUCUGAUUUGUAUUUCAUAAGUUGUAUUAUGUUAAUCAUCUAGAUCAAGUGGCUACCAAGGAUCUGUGACUUUAAAUGGUGCACGGAGAGAUUUACUUUCAUUUAGGAAUGUUUCAAGCUACAUUAUGCAAGAAGAUCAUUUGCAAUUAUAUUUAACUGUUCAAGAAUCCAUGGAAAUCGCUAUGAAGCUCAAACAUUCAACAAUUAAAUUAGAUAUGAAAAAAAGAACCACUGUGAGCUAAUAAUAUUAUUAAAAUGUAAUGAUCAAAUCCAUACUAUUUGUGUUUAUUGAAGAUGUAUUUGUUCAUAUUUGGUUUUUCCCAGAUUAAUAGUUUAUUGGAUAAUUUGCUAUUAUGUGAUAAACGAGACAGUUUGGUUUAUACUUUAUCUGGUGGUGAACGAAGGCGAUUAACCAUUGCUUUAGAAUUAGUUCGUAGCCCACAAGUGAUGUUUUUCGAUGAACCCACCACGUAAAUUCCUUAUAUUUGAAUCUAUAAAUUAUAAACUAUUUAAAUAAUUAUAUAUAUUUUUUUUUUCUUACCAGAGGUUUAGACAUAGUAUCUGCAAAUAAAGUGAUUAAAAUUAUGCGAAAAUUGGCUGAUUCUGGGAAAACAAUAAUAUGUACUAUUCAUCAAGCUUCUGCUUAUCAUUUGACUACUUUUGACACUGUUUAUGUCCUUACACCUUUUGGACAGUGCAUGUAUAAUGGAAAAUCUUCGCAAAUAGUAAAUUAUUUUUCAGAUCUUGGUUUUCAAUGUCCAAUAUAUCACAACCCUGCUGAUUAUGGUUGGUAAUGCCUCACUAAACAAAAAUACAACUAUGUAUUUAAAUUUAUUGAUUUGAUCUAUUCAGUGAUUGAAUUAAGUUUGGGUGAAUAUGAAAAUUCUAUUGACACAUUGGUUAACCUCGUUGAAGAACAAAACCAAAAUGAUCAACACAUACCUAGUAAACAAUAUAUAUAUUUUUGUAAAAAUAAAUUAAGAGCAUUAACUUAACCCGCCAUUGCCCAUUAGUAUCAAUGUUAGCGUUUUGCUAACAAUAAACUUAUAUUAAGAAUUGCUUGUUCAAAUAAAAAUACAGUUUUGAAACUCCAUGUAUCUCUUAUUAAUAUUAUAUUAUAUUAAAAUAAUUACAAAAAUAAAUUAUAAACUUCUAUUUGUAAGUAUUAUGAGCAGAUGAAUUUCCCAUUAUGUUAGCACCCCGCCCACAUAAUACUGAUCAAUACUUCCUAUUGAAAGUCAAACUUUUGUAGGAUAUAACUAGAUAAACAUUUUAAUCUUUGUUUCACUAUUCUAAGUUCAUUAAAUAAUUCACAGGAAUAAAAAACAACAAUGUUAGCGUAAUGCUAUCAAGAUACCAAUUGUGUUAUAAAACAUAUCAAUAUCGACGAUGGGUUAAAUUGAUUGUUACACAACUUUGGUUUAAAUUAAAUAAUAUCUAGUAUUUUACUCUUUUAGAUCAGAGUGGCCAAAGUGAUGACAAUGAACCUGUAGUUUAUAAUCGAGAGUAUUCUACAAAGUAUUUUCCUGAACUUUGGAUACUUAUGCAUAGAAGUUUGCUGACUACUUUAAGAGAUCAUGUAAAUGAUUGAUAUCUACUAAAUAGUUAUAUGUUAAGGUUAAUUGUUAUUUUAAUAAAUACAUUUUUUUUGUUUUUAGUUUUUAGUUAAUGUAAGACUGUUUGUGCACUUUGUGUUGGGUACCAUGUUUGGAAUUGUUUAUAUGGGGCUUGGAAAGAGCGCUAUGCAUGUUCGAGACAAUGCAGUAUUGUUAUUUUUUUGUGUAAUGUUUAUGACGUAUGUCGCUUCAUUUACUAUGUCUCUAAAAUGUAAGUAUUUGUAUAAACCAUAAAAAUAAAUACAAUAAAUUUAUUAAAAAUAAACUAUAAUAUUUAAUAAUAAUAUAGCUACUGUAUUAUUUUAAUUUGAUAGUUCCAUUAGAGUUAUCAGUAAUGCGAAAAGAAUAUUUCAACCGAUGGUAUUCAUUGAGUUCAUAUUACAUUUCUAUAACACUUGUAGAUCUACCAGUACAAGUUAGCAUAAUAUUUAAAAUUUCUAUUUUAGGAAAAUAAAAUAUUAACAUUAUUGUGAUCUAAAUAAUUUUUUUGUUUUCAGAUAUUUUGUACAUUUUUAUUCUGUUCAUUAAUUUACCUUUUAUCCGGCCAGCCUAUUAUAUUUUUUAGGAUUUCAAUGUUUUUAUUGAUAUUUAUUGUGACCGGACUUAUGUCACAAGCAAUUGGAAUGCUUGUCAGUACUCUAUGCAAGAGUUUUGUAGUAAGUUUUAUUGAAACUAAUACCUGGUAUAAUUAAUUAAUUUAAAAUACAUUUGUCCUAGAUAAACACAGUUAUAGUUGCAUUGAUAUUAAUGUUUUGGACUACUUAUUCCGGCGGUAUGAUAAGAAUUUCAGAUACACCUGAAAUAUAUCGAUGGUUAUAUGACAUAUCAUUUAUGAAACAUUCUGUACAAGGUGUACUACAUGCUGUGUAUGGAUUUGAUCGUUCCGUAUUGCCUUGUUCAAAUGUAAGUAAUAUUAACUAACUACGUCCUACACUUUCAAUUUGUAUUGAAGUAAUACCUAUUUAUAUUAUAAAAAUGUAUGAUUUAAUUAUACAUUCAUAAGUUUUAUAGAAAUAAAAAUGAAUAUUAUUGCAUCAAGUAAUAGGCACAUUAGAGAAACUGCUGUUUUUAAUACGAAUAUAAUUUUGUACCGGGGGGGGGGGGAGUCAGUCAAAAAUUUUCAAGACACUUUUAUUGUAAUAUAAAAAUGUGAUUAUGUAUAUAUGUAUUUGGUUUCUAUUAAAAUCAAUGAUACUAUAUUUUUCUGUAUAGUGGAGAAAUUACAAACAUAUUAACCAAAUACUAUUUUUACUAUUUUGUUUCUAGUAUUUUACUAAACACAUUAGAACUCUCCAAAGUCUGAAUCUAAAUAAUGAUAGAACAAUAAAUAGUAUUCAGGUACAAUUGUACAUUGCGCGACUAUUGACAUUACAAAAAACCACGCAACUAACACGGGAUUAAACACAUUUUGAAAUUUCCAGAAUGUUUUGUCCAUGUUAUGAAAGCUAAUAUAAGUAUUUGGUGAUCUUAACAUUUGUUUUUACCUAAAUUAUAACAAAAAAUACUAGAUUGAAAAUAAAAAAACUUUUUCUGUAAACUUUUCCAUUUUUCUUAUAAUUUUUCCCAUGCAUAAAAAACUAGAAGGAAAUUCCAUUACCCAUCAGAAUCAUAAAAAAAAAAAAAAAAAUGAAAUAAAAUGAAGGAUGUACUUUUCACUCCAGGUAGGUCAAUGUAAAAGGUGUGACUGGUGGAAGUUUGAAUAGGGGGGGGGGUUAAUUUAUUUCAUUGUAAUCAGAAAAAUAAUUCCGAGUGUAUUGAUAGUGUUUUUUUGUUUGUUGCUAAGAUAACCCUGAAAUCAACAAAAAUAAAACUAAUUAGAUUUUCUGUCUGUUUUUAAAUUAUUAAAAUUAAACGGUUGAAAAUUUAGAAAAUAUUUCAAUAUAAAGUAUUGCCUGGCAGAAAAUCUGAAUUUUUUAAAAUAUGAUGCAAAUAAGUUGUAAAAUAUUGAAAAGUUCAAAACAUUUUUCAAAUUAAGUACCAUCAAGUAUUAAUGAUAUAUCUUUUAUAAUACAGUAUCAAAAAAUUGUAUUAUUUUUAUUAUCUCAAAAACUUUUUACAAAUUAAAAAAAUAAUGUGCAACUAAUAGCUUCUUUGUUACACUCUGAAACUUAAAUUGUUUUAUUGGUACUUAUUAGUUAUGAAUGUUAUGACUUAUUAUUUCAUUCAUAUUAUUAUAUUGAAUAAAUUUGUAUUACAUUUUUGUUUCUUUUUCUAUAGAUUUUUUGUCCAUAUGGUUCACCAAAAGUAAUGCUUAAAACAAUUGAUAUGGCUGAUAACUUGUAUUGGAUAAAUGUCAGCUUUAUUACUAGUAUUUACUUUGUGUUAAAAAUAAGUUCUUUUAUUGCUUUAAAGUAUAAAUUGUCUACUACUUAA